CGGCGGCAGCGGCAACAGCGGCAACAGCAACAGCAGCAACAGCUUUCCGGCCGAGACGCCAUAGGCUGGUGCAGGAGCUGCGGGCCUGUACCGAGCGCUCCGUGCCGCCCCGGAUUCCGGGGCUGCCUGGUCCGCCUGUAAUGGAUUGAAAUCAUCAGAAAAUUGAAAGCCCUUGCAUUUUUCAGUCAGUCUUGAAGCCUUCCUGUCCAACAAAGAACAUUAAGCACAGUUGUUUAGGCAGUUGCUUCUAUGCCAGGAACGGACUAUGCCGAGGAUAGAAUACCAAGGAUAUCAUUGACUGAAGGGCUGGAACUCAACACACAAUUGUUUUUAGAAAUGCAGAUUAAAAAAAUGAAGGAAAUAAUACCACAGUUAUAUACAGAUCAGGUGAAUGACAAAAAUAAUUCUUUGACUACAUCCCCGAAGCAACUUGCCAAUGAGCAUGUGAGUCAGCCCAAUGGACAUGAAAGUCAGUCCCAUGGUUAUCAAGACUCCAAGGCAGAGGAUGACAAGAUGUGCAUGGUUACUUGUUUGAGGUGUAGAAGUUUGCAAAAAGUCCCACUUCAGGAGCUGAAAAAAGAUAACCAAUAUAGUCAAAUUGAAGACCAGAUGUUCUUUGUUUGUGUCAAGUGCACCUUUGGUGUAUCUCCUCCUAUCCCUUUUAUGAAUGAUAUGCCAGGUUCUAUUGAUUCAGGAAAUAAAGAUGCUACUAUUUCAAGGACUAUUACUAACCAAUUUAAAGUGAAAAACUUUCAACCAGGCAAAUAUUACUGUGAUAAAUGCCGAUUUUCUACCAAGGACCCUCUGCAAUAUAAAAAGCACACACUCCAACAUGAAGAGAUUAAAUUCUUUUGUUCUCACUGCAGCUAUGUUUCAUACACAAAAGGAGAAUUCCAGAGACAUUUGGUGAAACAUACAGGGACAUUUCCAUAUCAGUGUGAGUAUUGUGACUAUGGUGCCGUCAGAAAUGAUUAUAUAGUUAAACAUACUAGACGAGUUCAUGAGACCAGUGGGGAGAAACGACCUCUCAGACAGGUUAUGGAACACCAGCCAAAGAGAACCAAUUUUUCAAAACAGAACUCUGAGGUUCUUGUAAACGAAGUUUCUAAGUCAAAUUCUUUUUUGAAUGAGCCAACAGAUUCACCUUUAUAUUUCCCUAGUCAUGGAGAUCAGGACAAAACAGGCCCUGCUAUUUCUUUACCUGAGACUAAGGAGUGCAGCAGGGAUGAAGCAGCCUCAGCUCCUGAUAAAGCUUGCCUUCCUGAACCAAGCAAAGUUAACCUUUUUGAGAAUGAAAAUGUGGAAGUUGAAUUGUUAUCACCAGCAAAAGAACCUGUGCAGCCUGGCAUGCCACUCACUGUGGUUGCACCAGCAGAACUUAGAGUCCCUGAAAACUGUUUAGCCCAGCUGAUAGAUGUUAAGGUAGUCAAUGGGACCCAACAACUUGUUCUAAAACUAAUUCCUAUGAAAGAAAAAAAUGGCUUUAAACUUGGCAGCUCUGAUGAAGGUAAGUAUGAGCCUAUGAACAAAUACACAGUGCCAAAUGAGCAAGAAAAAUUAGUGCCUACUGAACCAACCCCACCAGCAAUGGAAGGGAGUCCUGAGAAGCCAUUGGGCAUUAAUAAUCUGCAUUCCACUGAUUAUACACAUGCAAAAGAUCUAGACUGCAUAAAGUCUUCUGAUUCUCAAGUAUUAAAGAAUAUGUCAAUUACUAACCAAUGUGAGUCCUGUCCAAAUAAUGAUAGAGUUGGGAAUUGGAGGCAAGAAGUGCUUUCAUUUCCAUACAGAACUGCCCUCUCUCCUGUUUCCUCAAGAGAUGGUCAUAUUGAACAAAAUAAUUUUUCUUCAUUAUCUGUGAUGAAUAAUGGUACUUUAUGCAGUCCAGUGAAAAGGCUGAGUGUUUUGCCAACUGUGGCUGCCCUCUCGCCAUGUCAAGAGAGAUCUCAGAAUCAUUUAGAGAAACCAUCUUCAAACUCUAAGCCUACUGAAGCUCUUGUGGCUUUGGCAAAAAGAGAUACGUUGCCAGUAAACCAAGAAGCCUCGUUGAAUAAGAAAGAAGUUGAUACUUUUAAAAUGGUUGCUUUCAGUGAGAAGCUGAAUCAAGCACAAGCAAAAGAACCUUCAGGUGAUCCGAAUUCAAUGCAAGAUUCCACUUUAUGUAGAAGUGAACAAUCACACAUCAACUUAAUUAGAGAAAAUGAUAUUAAGACUCAAGAUCCUGAGGAGGUUAUGUCAGAAGACCUUGUUGGAGUUGCUCUUCAGAAUUCAGGAAGUAACAUCACUUCUUCAGAUGGCCCUGUUAUUUCAUCAGUGUUUUCUCUCAGCUCUGGGGUUGAAAAUAUCCCAGAAGGGAUUAAAUGGGACAAUGCAUGUUUUAGGACAAAGUCAUUUAAUUCUUUGCAGAAAAAAAUUGCUCAGUUAAUUGCUGCUACUGAAUCUUCAAAAACUUCACUGUCUCCUUCAAGCACUGUGGAACAGCAGUCCUUACCUUUAGAAACUCCCCUAGACUGUAUUCAGGGACAUAAUGCACCAAGUAUUGACCGGGUUCCACCCCAGGCACUACAGAACAAUGCUACUGGCAUUGAACUACUGAUUAAUGAACAAAUGCAACACCACAACAAUGUGGAUGAGCAAACAAAAGCUAGGGAAGUCACAGACAAUCAUGAUGCUGUUUCUGUGUUUAUUCCAAAAGACACUGGGUUGAAAGCAUUCAGUUCCACUGAGAAUGAACAUUUAGUAGAGAAUAAAUUGCCUAAUGGUGGCAAUAAAAGAGAAUUAUCAAAAUCUGUUUCCUUCAAUUUUCUUGAACAGAUAGGUGAAGACUUGUCUUUGACAAAUGAAAGUCAGUUAAUAGACAGUUCCAGAAAUUUUGGUACAUCACUGGGGAACAAGCCAAAUCAAGAAUACACUACCAGUACUGUUUCUAAAAAAUCAGAUUCUUCAUGUCCACAAACAAAAGAAGACAAUAACCAGGAUAAACAGGAAAAAUUGACUUUUAGUGGCCCCUCAGGGUCCAAAAUUAAUACAAAACAGGCACUUAUCUCCAAGAAAAAAAACAAAAUCAUAUCUGACUCCAGUCACAUGCUUCCAGAUGUUUGCAUUUUUAUGACAGCAAGACAUCUCAGACUUAUACCUCUCAAAACAGAGCAGUUGAUUAAAUGCCCCCGCCGGAACCAACCAGUUGUUGUGUUAAACCACCCAGAUGUUGACUCAGUAGAAGUUAUUAAUGUCAUGAAGGUUGUCCACAAGUAUAAAGGCAAUGUCCUUAAAGUGGUUUUAUCAGAACGAACAUGUGACCAACUAGGUAUAAAGCGGCAUCACAGGCGACUUAUCUAUCAGAACCUGGAGGCAGUGUGCCCAGUGAAAAAGACUAUGCUGAAAAUGAAACUUAAAAAGAUCCACAAGAACAGCUACCAGGUGCAGAGUAUGGAGGCUCCAAUAUGGGCUGUGAGCAUGAAUGACAGGGAUGUAGACAUCCAGGAAUCCAGGCCAGAUGUUGCUCAGCAGCAGCAACUUGAGGAACAAGCAUCUGGGACUGCAGCCGAGUGGAAGCAGCAGUGAUGCUUACUUUGGAUGUGAAUUUAUUGGGUAGAAAUUGAGCUUAAGCUAUGAGCCUAGUUCUCUCCCUACUCCCUUUCAAGAAUAAGGUGUUAUAAGGGGGGAUCAUAACCUUAACCUUUUGUGAGACGUUUUUACUUUGUUCUGGUUGAAUUAAAUAUUCCAUUGUAAAAGCUAUCUGAUGUUAACUGCUUAAAUGGAACUAGACUGGUCACAGAGUCCUUAAAAUGGGACCAGAACAAAGGCUAUUGGCAGAUGAAAGAGACAACUUCCCCUCACCAUUUCAAAGAACCUGAUGGAGAGAAGCAACAGACUUGGCCUCAAAAGAGUGGGGCCAGAAUUGAUCAUGUUACAUAUACAUGGUUUUCUGGCACGGCUUAUUUCACUUUAUAUUAGUUCACAGAAGUCUUUCUAUUCUUUGUAUUCAUGUUUGUCAUCACAUUUUAUUCAUGUUCCUUUACAUAAAUGUCCCAAAAUUAUCUAUUCCCCAAUCAUUAGGGAAAUUAUACUUUGUGUCCAGUUCUUUACUACCACACAAAAUGUAAUAGUUGUUGUGGCUAUAGUAGAAAUAGUAAUAAAUAUCAUUAACCCCCCAAAUAGUUAUAGGAGAAGGAAAGCACAAAGAAUAGGACCAGAUCCAAUGGAUUCUGAUUAUAGAGUAUUCCUAAAUGAACCCUGCUGUAUUUUUCAAGAAUUAAUAUUCUUGGAAAUGAUAUUUAGAAUAUAUUUCAAGGUGGGGAAAAGAUUAACAAAAGGGAAUAUGGAGAAAAUGUCUAAUUCUAAUAGGCAAGUGGUUAGAUGCAAGAAGAAAACUUAUGUCCUCUAGAAGCUUCAAUCUAUAUGGGGGAAAGAGAGAGAACGAGAAAGGAUUACAAAAGUACAAACCUGUAAAAGAUUAUAUUUUAGAAAAGGGAAGGAAAAAGGAAGAAAGUAGAAUGAAAUAAUUUCUUGGAAAGAGAUAUUACAAAUUGGUGGAAUUGAAAGUAAGAAAAUGGGUUAAUGCCUCUCUCUCUGUCUCUCUUUGUCUCUGUCUCUCUCUGUCUCUGUCUCUGUCUCUGUCUCUCUCUCUCUUUCUGUGUGUGUGUGUGUGUGUGUGUGGAGUUGGGAGGCAGUUCAAGAGAGUGGAGAAUUUAGUACCAUAUUCUUAACCUGGGCCAAGAAUGGGAAGUGGACUGAAAGGAAAGGUGAGGAAGGUCAGAAAGGAUAGACAGUAUAAAUUAAACUGUAGAGACUAAAGACAACAUGAAAAGAGAGAAGGGAAAAAUAUUAAAAGUGUUUAAUGGGCAAAUACAAAUUUAACAUUGUUGCCCUAAAUAUGACUUGGUUAAAUCUUCCCAAAAUUAGAAAAAUGGAUUUUUUUUAACACACUGCAUUAAAAAAACCCACACAUAUCCUAAAGAUAUCAACAGAAUGAAAAUGAGGGGACUAAAAGAAAAUCUAUUUUGUUUUAGUCAACUCUGAAAAAAAACAAGUGGUUCUUACUGAGGUAAUGAUGAAAAUUGAUAAUAUCAAAAGAAACAAACAGAAAAAAUGUCUAACUUACAUGUUCAAUAAAUAUUAAAUGAAUAACAUUAUUUACUAUGUAUAUUUACCAAACACUAUAGUAGCUAUCAAAAGUAUAUUACUAAAAGAAUAUCUCAAAAUUUUGUAAGAGAUACUGCUAGUGAUAUAAUAUUAGUAAAUGUUUAUAUAGCCUCUGAGAGCUGGAGAAGUCCAAUAAAAAUGAAAAAUGAAAGACCAAACAUAUUGUUACAAAAAUAUAUUUGAAUGAUCAGUUCAGAAUGGAAAUAUUAAAGAACAAGUACAUUUCUCAGCAUCCUCUAGUAUCUUUGCAAAAAUUGAUCAUAUUAGGCAUAAAUGAAUCUGAAACAAAUGGCAAAGAGUAAAAUGAUAAACAUUCUUCAUGGAAAAGAAGGUAAUAAAAUAAUAAUAAAAUCUGAAUAACAGAAAAAUGAGAACAAAAAGCACAAUGCAGAGAUCACUAAAAGGAAGCCAAACUGAAUAAUUUUUUUCUAAAGCAGUAGUGGUCAGGGAGAUCAUAGGAACUGAUAAUGGAAUAUCUUUCACUUCAAAUAUCACAGACAUGGCAGACUACAGUGAUAGAAUGUUUUAUACCUUGUCAUAUUGUCAUUGUAUCAAUUGUUUUCCAUUGUUACAAUGAGGGCUUUAUUUUGUUCCUGGAGUAGGGUGAGGGACAUAUCCAAAAAAUAAUUUUGCUAUAAAAACUUUUUAAAAAGAGAGUCUAGGACCCCUUCUGUGUCAUUGAAAGAAAAUUUGUGCAUGAUCACCUUUUUGAGUGAAUGACAAAUAUUUGUUUGGUUUGAUUAUGAACAUAAAAUAAAGAUAAAUCAAAGUAUAUGGUCAUUAAGAAUCUUAAGUAAAAGUCUGGGAAGAAUGAUAUGAACUGAUGCACAGUGAAGGGACCAAAACUAGAGAUCUUUUAAAACAGUAAUAACACUGUCAAUACAAACAAUUUUGAAAGACUUAAGAAAUCUGAUCAAUGUAAAGAUCAGUCAUGAUCUUGAGUUCUGACGAUACCCCUUUCAUAUAGACUUGUGAUGGCCACUGGGUGGAAAAUGAGACAUAUUUUUUGGACAUGUCCAAUGUGGGAAAUUGUUCUGCUUUGACUAAUCACUUGCUACAAGAAUUUUAUUUUUUUCCAUGGGGGGCAGCGAUGAUGGGAAGUAUGGAAACAGAUUUUUAUUCAUUAGAAAUAAAGAAUGUAAGCAGGGUCAUUUAAGAAUACAAGAGCUAUUUGUACAGUAAAAUGUCUGCAUUCAGAAACCUCUCAGAAAGUAAUUGAGACAUUCCAUAAAGUUGAGUAUUUUUAUAAGUUACAGGUUUAUGUAAUUAAGCACUUCUUUUAUCAUUGUUUUAAUUACUUCUAUUCAAUAAAAUGUCUGGUAAUCUUUCACAAACUCAGUUUUUGUUGUUGUUAAGUUGCAUCCAAUACUUUGUGGCCCUAUUUCAUGUCUUCUUGACAAAGAUAUUGGAGUGACUUGCCAUUUCCUUCUCUAGUUCAUUUUGCAGAUGAGGAAACUGAGGCAAGCAAGGUUAAGUGACUUAUCUAAGGUCACAACACUAGGAAAUAUCUGAAACCAGAUUUGAACUCACAAAAAUGAGUCUUCCUGACUCCAAGCAUUCUCUCUGUGCCAUCUAGCUGCCAACUUAUUCUUAUUCUCAAACUGAUUAUCAUUUAGCAUUUUCCUAAUGACUCAAGGGCACCAUUUAUGAAUUUCAGUUAUACCAGUCUAUAGUAUAGUGACAACUAUACAAAACUAUACAGCCCCUAUGUCCAUUUUACCAUAUGCUCAAUGUUUGCAGGCAGCUGAAAUUUUUUAGUUCUUUCACUGCUUCUUAUAGAUCUUUUCUUCCAAGCUAUCAAUUGUCACUUUUCUGAUCGCAAUGUGACUGCCUGGAGUAACCUUUCUUUCCUUUGACUCUUCUUUUUUUAUUUGUUUGUUAUAUUUGAAUACGGAGUUAACUUAUUUGACAAAAAGCGUAUAUUAAAACUAUUUCUUACUUAUUUCUAUUAUCGGUUCUUUCUCUGGAUAUGGAUAUGUACAAGUCAUUCUUCAAAUAAUAUUUCUGUUGCUGUCGAUAAUGUUCUCUUGGUUCUUCUCAAUCCGUUCUUCAUGAUUUCAUUUAAGACUUACCAUGUUUUUCCCAAAAUUAACCUUUGUUAUUUCUUACAGUAGAGUAAUAUUCUGUCACAAUCAUAUGCCACAACUUGUUUAUCCAUUUCCCAAUUUUUUUCCAGUUUUCCUCUCAUUUUCCUGUUCUUGGCCACCACAAGGAGACCUGCUAUAAAUAUUUUAGAACUUAUAGUUCCUUUUCCUUUUUCCCUGAACACCUUAGACCUAUUAAUUUAAGCCAUUGGUGGACUUAGAAACCAGGUUACUGAUAGUUAGACCUAUAUCUAAAAUAAGUAAAUAGGCUCUCCUCUGAGGAGAAUAUAUGGAUUUUGUGAUAGCCAUUUUAACCACAGUGGUCUUAUUUCCUUCUCAGGUAUGUUCUAGAAAGGCAAUGGAGGGAUGAGAAUAAGCACUUAUUAAACACCUAUUUUGAGCUGGGCAUUGUACUUACACAUUUAUUUUAUUUAUUUCUUAAAAUAACCCUGUGAGCGAGAUGCUCUUAUUACCCAUGUUUUGCUUUUGAAGCACAGGUUAAGUUACUUGCCCAGGGUCACAUAGCUACUAAAUCCAUAGCUGGAUUUGAACUUAGGCCUUUAUUACUUCAAGCCCAAAUACACUAUCCAUUAUGCCAUAGCUAGCUGUCUCUGGAUAACUGAAUUCUAUGUAAGUGAGGUACUAGUGUAGCAAUUAAUAGAUAGAAAAAAUAUUGAAAGGCAACAUGGUAAAAAAUUUAUAUCAUAUCAUCUAGAAGUCAGAGGAUCUUAGUUUGAGCCUUUGCUUUGACAUUGCUUACAUUACUUUCGGUAAAUCACUUAACUUCUUGAAUAUCAGUUAGGUCUUCCAUAGUACAGAGGUAAUAAUAAUGCACUGCAUACCUCAGAGGAUUUUUGGGAAGCUCAAAUGAGAUAAAAGAUAUAAGAAUGCCUUCAUAGAAUGCUUUAACAUAAUAUUUUUAAAAUUUAAGGGACUAGUGGGAAAAAACCAAGACCUUCACAUUUCUAUAAUUAACUUCUAGUUAUAAACAACCAAACUUUUCUGUUAUUAUUCUUUGCAUUUCAAGUAUGGAAGUAAAAUAGAAAAAUGAAACUUUUCAUGCAUAACCCAUUAAAAAUAUGUUUACCCAUAUGUGGCAUUAAUCUUUGGAGAAGGCAUGACUACUUUACAUUCUAAUCCUUGUUUUCUCUAGAAUGUAUGACAUAAUGAAUUCAAUAUUAAUUGUUUUUAAUAUUAUACUAAAUGGAUGGCAUUUUAUAUGAAAAAAUAAUCUUAAUAGGAAGCAGAAUCCAAGAAUGGUACAAUUAAUCAUUUUGUCAUUUCCUAUUAUUUUUCUCUAGUGGUGGGCCUGUAGUUGAAAUUUUAACCUAAAGAGACAUUAAUAAAAGAA